AUGGGGGAGAACGAUGUAAUUUUUUCAGGCAGAAUCAAACUACUUUUCGAUCUGGAACUUACGGGAACAAACACGAAGCGCACUAUCGUCAGCAAUAUAGGUAAAUCCUUGGUGCAAAAUCUUUGUAUCACUUUGAAUAGCAACGAGGUAGGGGAUCAACCCCAACGACGGUACAAUCCGCGCCCUACAGGUAAAAGCGACUGGUGCCCGCAUAAAAAGCAGAGGUCCAAGUGCAAGGAGUGCAAGGGCAGUCAAAUCUGCGCACAUGAAAAAAGGAAAUCCAGGUGCAAGGAGUGCAAGGGCAGUCAAAUCUGCUCUCACGAAAAGCGAAGAUCUCAGUGUAAGGAGUGCAAGGGCAGUGAAAUCUGCCCUCACGAAAGAAUAAGAUCUCAGUGUAUGGAAUGCAAAGGCAGUCAAAUCUGCCCUCACGAAAGAAUAAGAUCUCGGUGUAAGGAGUGCAAGGGCAGUCAAAUCUGCCCUCACGAAAGGCAAAGAUCUCAGUGUAAGGAGUGCAAGGGCAGUGAAAUUUGCCCUCACGAAAGAAUAAGAUCUCAGUGUAUGCAAUGCAAAGGCAGUCAAAUCUGCCCUCACGAAAGAAUAAGAUCUCGGUGUAAGGAGUGCAAGGGCAGUGAAAUCUGCCCUCACGAAAGAAUAAGAUCUCGGUGUAAGGAGUGCAAGAGCAGUCAAAUCUGCCCUCACGAAAGAAUAAGAUCUCAGUGUAAGGAAUGUGGAGGCGGAAGCAUUUGUGAACAUCAAAAAAGGAAAUCCAGGUGCAAAGAAUGCAAAGGCAGUGAAAUCUGCCCUCAUGAAAAGCUGAGAUCCUAUUGCAAAGAAUGCAAAGGCAGUCAAAUCUGCCCUCACGAAAAGCUGAGAUCCUAUUGCAAAGAAUGCAAAGGCAGUCAAAUCUGCCCUCGCGAAAGGCAGAGAUCCACCUGCAAGGAAUGUGGAGGCGGAGGCAUUUGUGAACAUCAAAAAAGGAAAUCCAGGUGCAAAGAAUGCAACAAGGCCAAACAAUAA